GAGAGACAAUGAGUAAAGAUACAAUUUUCUCUGACGUCACUACUUACUGUACACCCACUUUCAUGACGUUUGCUACACAUAGUCACACAGCGACACAACAUGGCUACUACUACAAUUGCUUUGAAGACCAGAAAAUCGCGACCAGAUGCGGUGGCGUACAGUGAAAUUGCCGUGAGAAACAAUGCUGCCAUCAUGGACUACUGUCGUACCUCAAUGUCGGCCCUAGGGGGAGCCACUGCCGGCAUCAUGGGCCUGACCAGUCUACACGGCUUCAUUUUCUAUUUCAUUAGUGCCAUACUACUUUCGGUAAUGUUAAUGGUAAAAGCUGGUUCCAGAUGGAAUAAAUAUUUUGUCAGUCGGAGAGUUCUGUUCUUCAGUGGCCUCUUUGGUGGUUUAUUUACAUACAUUUUAUUCUGGACAUUUCUCUAUGGUAUGGUUCAUGUUUAUUGAUGUUCAUUAACCAGGAAGUUUGGACCAACUUGCACCCAUCUGACCCCAAGCCCUACUCCUCUGUACAUAAUUCCCCACACCCACAUAAACACAAACACACUCACAUAUAAAAUACAGACCACAUACUGGCAGAGCAGAGGGUCCAGUUUCAGCGGCUCCCUAUUGCUGCUGUCUACUGGGGUCUCCUAUAUAUGUAUCUACACAUAUGUUAUGUGUUAAUAUAUUUGAAUUAAACCUCUUUCACCUGUAA